AUUGCCAUUGUCCCCACUUUCGGGGGUGGAUUUCGGGGUUCGGAGGGGCCUGGAACAGUUCCUUUAUGUUCCAGGCUGAGGGACCGGGGCCGGUCCCACGGAGCACCUGAGCUGUUUGACCCACAUUGACUCUCUUGGUCCAGCUGCCACCCUUAUUUUCCAUGGAAAUUCUGGUUUUUUUUGCCCAGAAACAUCUCCAAUAUCCGUGAGCAUGCCUUUUGAAACUGAUUUUCUUGACGUCAUUUCCUUGCAACCACAUCAAAAGCCCUUCGCUCCACCCAGGCACACAAAACCCAUCCAGGUUCUCUUCUUCUUCCACUUCGCGGCGCAGAUUUUUGGCGUGCUGAUGUCCCAAAAUCCUCUCCGUUUCUGGACGCCCAUGGACGUGUUUUGGAUCCCUCUUCUCGCCAUCCUCAUGCUCCCCCACCAAACCCUGAGCGUCAGCGACACCAAGGAGGAGAUCCGGGUGCUGGGCGGCUCCGUGACCUUCCAGAGCCACAACAGGGACACAAAACCCGCACUCUGGAGUUUUGGGGAUGAUCCCAUAGUGACUGUGGCAUUUGAGGAUCCUACUCGACCCAUAUUUCAUAAGGACGAAUUCAAAACCCGUUUUGCUGUCUCCAAGAAAGGCCGCGCGCUCAGCAUCUCCCCGCUGAGGAUGGAGGAUGCCGGGACCUACUUUGUAACCAUUGAUGGGAAAAAGUCCAGCUUCACCCUCCAGGUGUUCAGGGAGCUGGCAGAGCCCACGGUGACCUGCGAGGCCCGGAACUGCUCGGGCGGGAGCUGCAGCUUCUCCCUGCGCUGCUCCGCGCCCGGCGCCGGCUUCGGGAACGUCUCCUACACCUGGAGGGUGCGGGAUCAGCUGUGGGGUGAGGGCUCCGUGGUGCCGUGGGCCAAUGAAUCGGCCUGGGAUGGGCCGGAGCCGCUGACGUGCACGGCACAGAACCCCGUCAGCAGCAGGAACGUCACCGUCACCACGCCAGAGGUGCUCUGCAACGGUGCCCUCUCCAGCAGCCAGGUCGGGGUCGAGGUCGGGGUCAGGGUCAUAGCCGGGACUGUAGUCAUGGUGCUUUUAUUGAUUUCUGUCUUGUUCUUCUGGAGAUCCAAAGGCUGGCGGAAAUUCCAUCUCUCCGAAUCCAAGCCUGCGGACACAGCGGCCACAGCCGAGUACACGACCGUGUACGCCGAGGUGGGCUCCUCCCAGCCGCGCGUCCCUGACGGAACAAAAGCCAAACCAGCGGAUGAGGGAUCCCCCACAACCAUUUAUUCCGUGGUCAAUCUCCCGGACCAGGCAGGGACGGCAGAAAAUGCCACCAUGACUGGCCUGAAGCUGGUCUAGAACCUAGGACUGGACCAGAAGGACCUGGGACUGGUUUGAAAGACAUGAGAUUGGUUUGAAGGACAUGAAACUGGUUUGAAGGACAUGAAACUGGUUUGAAGGACAUGAAACUGGUUUCAGAACAUGAAACAGGUUCUGAACAGGUUUCAGAACAUGAAACAUGGAAGUGAUUUAAAACUCUGGAGCUAUUUUAAUGAGUCUGGACCUGGUUUGCAAGGAACCGGAACUGGUUUAGAAGAAGCUGAAACUGGUUUCAAAGACCCAGAGCUGGUUUAAAAGACCUGGAACUGGUUCAGAAGGACCUGGGACUGGUUUAAAGGGUCUCCACUCGCCGGUCAGACAGAUGGACCCCACAAGGUGACUCUGGACCAGCUCCAACACCCCCGAUCCCGCUCCGGACCCGGAUCUCACCCUCCUGGCAUCUCCCCUUCCCCUCCUCAUUGCUGCUGCCUCGGUUUCCCUCUCAGCACCCUCAGUUUGGGAUUUCAGGGAGGAUUUUUGGGAUGUCUCUCCGUGGUUUUGGGAUUCAGGCUCCUUUUGCCACCUUCUCCCACCAGGAUCCUGGACUAAAACUCUGCCAAAGCUGCAGGGACUCCCAGACAGGCUGGAGGAGACUCUUAAAAGGGUUUUUCCAUGGAAUCCCGGAAUUCCCGAGGUUGGAAAAGCCCUCCAGGACCACCAGUUCCAGCCUGGGACCAAUCCUGGUCACCCAGACCAAGGUCCAGUGGGUUCCUUGGACACCUCCAGGGACGGGGGCUCCACACCGGCCCCUUUUUGGGUGGAAAACCCAUUUUUUUUUAAAAGGAAUCAUCUCAAGGAAGCUUUGGGAAAGUGUUUUUUUGGUACAUGAUUAUUUUCUACAAAUGGCUUUUCUCUAAAUGAUUUUGGUCUUUCUCUUCUGCUGCGUUCUGAGCCUUGCAAAGCUUCAGCUUCUGGCUGCGUUGAAAACAACCAAAAAUAAACCCAGGAAGCUGCAGCGAGAACAAGGACCCGCCUUCCCCUGUGAGAUUUUUGUGGUUUCAGCACCUGCUCCUUUCCCCCACAUUCUGAAUUUUACAGCACCCACUCCCCGCCUCCCCCCCCCCCAAAAAAAACCCCAAACCCUCAGCCCCACUAAUCCCUGCAGGGCUAGGAUUUGGGAUCCGGGAUCUGGGAUCUGGGAUCGGGGAUUUGGGGUGGAUCUGAGGGAAAGCGGGACACGGAGAGCAGCUUUGGUGUGUUUGGGUGCGGGGUUUUGGUUUUGGGUGGGGGAUUUGUGCUGCACUGGGUGGGCUCCCAGCAGGAGUCUGGAAAUCCCAGUGGAAAUCCCAGCAGGAAUUUGAAAAUCCCAGCAGGAAUCUGGGGAAUCCCAGCAGGAAUCCCAGCAGGAAUUUGGGGAUCCCAGCAGGAAUUUGGGGAUCCCAGCAGGGACCCCAGCAGGAAUCUGGAAAUCCCAGCAGGAAAUCCCAGCAGGAAUCUGGGGACCCCAGCAGGAAUUUGGAGAUCCCAGCAGGAAUUUGGGGACCCCAGCAGGAAUCCCAGCAGGAAUUUGGGGAUCCUGGGAGAAAUCCCAGCAGGAAUCUGGGGACCCCAUCAGGGACCCCAUCAGGAAUUUGGAGAUCCCAGCAGGAAUUUGGGGAUCCCAGCAGGAAUCCCAGCAGGAAUUUGGAGAUCCCAGCAGGAAUCCCAGCAGGAAUUUGGGGAUCCCAGAAGAAAUCCCAGCAGGAAUCUGGGAAUCCCAGCAGGAAUCUGAGGAUCCCAGCAGGAAUCUGGGGACCCCAGCAGGAAUCUGCGGAUCCCAGCAGGAAUCCCAGCAGGAAUUUGGGGAUCCCAGCAGGAAUCUGCGGAUCCCAGCAGGAAUCCCAGCAGGAAUCUGAGGAUCCCAGCAGGAAUCUGGGGACCCCAGCAGGAAUCUGCGGAUCCCAGCAGGAAUCCCAGCAGGAAUUUGGGGAUCCCAGCAGGAAUCUGGGGACCCCAGCAGGAAUCUGGGGAUCCCAGCAUGAAUUCCAGCAGGAAUCUGGGAAUCCCAGCAGGAAUCUGGGGACCCCAGCAGGAAUUUGGGGAAUUUGGGAUUGCCAGCAGGAAUCUCCAGGAGCAGAAUUCCUUCGGGAUGUGCGCCCUGUGGGGGGACAAGGACCCAACGGGGGGGACACAGGACACGUUCCCCCUUUCCCUGCUCCCCAAAUCCACCUGGAAAGGGCAGAAAUCGCCCCAAAACCCCAACCUGGCCUGGAUUUUCCAGAAGGCCUCUGGAAUUGUGGGAAUUCUCUUCCCUCCCGUGCCUCUUCCCGCUGCUCUUUGUCUGUGCCUUGGUGAAUUAUUCAGGGAUGGA